ACCUAAUAUAAACAAGAAAAGGAAAAGGAAGACAAAUGAGCUGUGUGUAUUAUUUCUACAUUUAAGCCUCUGAAAAACUCGCUGAGUGGCUACUAGAAGAAUCAGCUCUCUCCGCCUCCGUUUUCUCUCUCUUUACUCUCCUCCUCAGCUUACCCGCCGCUCACAGCCACCCAUGAGUGUGACCAACUCCUCUGCCUAUCGAUCGGAGCGUAGUUUCCACCAGACUUCAUCCUCAUCCUCAUCUUCAUCUUCUGCUAACCCAUACAUGGAGAAAAAUCGUGGACUGUUUGCUGAGGACUUUGGCUCCUUCAUGAGGCCUGGGAAUGACGCCUUGGGGUUUUCCAGUGGACCUGGAAAUAUUAAAACUCUUGGGGAUUCAUACCAAUUCACCGUUGAUGUCCGAGACUUCUCCCCCGAAGAUGUCAUUGUCACCACAUCCAACAACCAGAUAGAGGUUCAUGCAGAGAAGUUGGCCCAGGAUGGUUCGGUGAUGAACACAUUCACCCAUAAGUGCCAGCUACCUGAGGAUGUGGACCCCACCUCAGUGACUUCAUCACUGGGCACAGAGGGCACCCUAACGGUCCAAGCGAGACGACACCCUGCCAAACAUGAGCUUGUACAGACCUUUCGCACCGAAAUUAAGAUCUAGAGAUGGAUCGACUUUCUAUUGACAGCCCCUUCACUUUUUGUGUUGUUUAUGCUACAGUACUCCCUCUAUUUCCUGGCUUCAUUCUACAUUUAUCAUGCAGUCGACACUGUGCACUAUAAAACAUGCAACGUCCUCCCUCCUUGACUGCAACAAUACAUGAUGCUGCUCAUUUAUAUUCUGAGUUUGUUCACCAUACACAGCAGCAAUAAGUCAUACCUGCAAAUAACAGACAGACAUAUAGGAUUUGCACAAGAACAUACACUCACACAUGCUCCAAUUAAUGGAUCUGUUCCCUUAUUUCAUUCCUGUCCUCUAACACAGCUCUAAAACCUAAUACUCACCUCUAAAGUUGAUGAUUGCUUGUGUAAUUUAUUGUACAUUAUUACUGUGUGAAUAAA